AUGACCUCGCACAGCUCGUACAAGACGAAGCUCUGCAAGUUCUACGAGCGCGGCUUCUGCGACAGGGGACGAGAUUGCUCUUUUGCCCACGGAGAGGAUGAACUCCGGCGGCCGGCGCAGGGGGGAGACCAAUGGAAGAUGCGCCCCGGCUGCGGUGAUCCCCUCGAUGAGCACGAGCAACAGGAGGGCGGGGAGGCAAUGGCACAGGACUCCGCCGGGCAUGUGGAGUAUAGCGAGUGCUGGCGUGAGGCCAUCAGAGGCUACAUCGGUAGUCGUGGCGAUCCAAGCGACUACCUCGUUCUGGACAACAGCAAUGAGGUAGUCUUUUGGGACCGGAGCUCCUUUGUGGCAUCGCCCGGGAUCUUUCCCCUGAGGGUCGUCCGAAAGGUGACAAGGAAGGCUGAGCGGGCCCUGGAUGGAGCAGAGGAGCUCACGCGCAAGAGCUUCCAAGCGGAGUAUCCCACUCUUCACAGAUUUUUUGGGCAGCUUGCGGACAUGUCCAGGGCAGAGCUCGAGGAGCGAGACCAGCUGAUGACCCAUUGGUCAAAGGUCCGAGUGACAGCGCAUGUCCAGCAGUAUGUGGCAACCCUGGCCAUACUCAAGAGCCAGCCUGCUACGUCCGCGACGGCUUCCAGGAUAUGCAUCCCUUUUAACCUUUUUGACGGCGGCUGCACCAAGGACAGGUGCAGAUACCGCCACUUGUGCCUGUUCUGUGGCCAGGAUUCGGAGGACCGCCACGCGCGAUGCCCGGCACGGGAUUCUUUCCAUGCCGAGCGGAAGGCACUCCGGUCGCGCUUGCAUCAUGACCCGCUGGAUCCGACGGCGCCGGGAAUUUGCGGGGACGAUGAGAACUUGCUUGCAUCGCUCAAGCGUCUUGCAAGGGACCCUCUUGCCAAGACGGUCCAGCACCAAAAGCAGGAAGCGGAUCCCGAAACCCCGAGCCCCGCCUUGCCCGCGGCGUUGGGGAGCUUGGUGGCCUUAGGGCCAGCCGAGGAGGACCCUUCAGCCAAAGAGAUGAUUGGAGAUGCAUCCACUGACGCAUGCGACUCCGACGGCAGAAGCGACGCCUUCGCCACUCUUCUUGAGGUGCCCGUGCCGGAUCUGCAGGUGGAGUCUUCUUGUGAAAGUUCGCCGCUGGAUGAGCUCGAUGAUUUGGACUGGAGUGUCAUUCCGAGACUGAGAGCCAAGUGGCGAGAUGCCGUCAGGGGGACCAGAUGCUACAGCAGGGUACCAGAAAGUGAUCCGCGCUACGUGAUCUUGUGGCAAUGCCUUCUGGGCAAGUCUGCGGAGAAGAAGGUGUAUUUGGGCUUCAACAUGCUCACUGGCUUCAGCGUUGCAGUGGCCCUCGCAGGCUUCCCCGUCGAGAAGCUGCGUUCGAAGGUUGCAAGCUGUCCGCUGCGAAAAAACUUUCCUUCACUGCUGACGUACGAGGCUGCCUUUGAAGUGCAAGGCAGAACGGCUCUAGUCAUGGAAUGUGUCGACAAUGUCCUCGCAGACCUUGUGCCGCUUUGGAAGAAGAGGUUUGGAAACGAGCAGCACGUCUUUUGGAUCCAGCACACAGGCUCGCAGGUCCUUCAGGCAGCUUACGAGGUUUCUCAGCUGCCUGUGGAUGAGCAGUUGUCUUCGGGUCACUGUGACCUGUGCCCUCGACGGAUUCUCAUGGAUGCCUUGGGCUUUGUCAGGCUGAAAGGUGUGGGCUUCUGUUGGCGCGAAGAUCCCGAGCGAAGGCAGCGAAGGGAGGGUGGAAACCAUUUUGAGGCACCGGAGGUCUUGGAAGGUUCCAGCCUCUUGCCUAGCUUGCCUUGCAGUCCCUCCAGCUGCAGCAAACGUCUCAGCUUCUCGGCAGGGGAGACGCUGCGAGCCAUGCUGCUUUGCAGCGAAAACGUCGAGGAUGCUGCAAUGGACUUGUUGGACUUCCAGAGGAAGCAACCACAUUACGGCCACCUGCUGGUGGACUUGAUCAGCAGUCUGACCAAGCAAGAGCCCUGGAAACGGUUGGACCUGCUGGUGGCGAAGAGGCAUCCUUUCUUCUGGUCAUCCGAGAAGUGCAUGGCUUUCAUCACGGAUGUGGCUGCCACCUUGCAGGAUGAAGAUGCUGAAGAGAGCUGGUGGUGGGACAUCUUCCGGAAGUUGGACCUGGCAUGGCAGGAGUGGAAGCACACAGGGGUGUCCCAGGCUCAUGUGCGGCCGGAAGGUGAGGGUUGGUGGAGGCUCUUGGAAAGGGACCAGGACAGAAUGCGAGCAUGUUCUGCAGAGGAACUUGUGGACACCAGCUGGGAAACCCUACUGGACCUUGCAAGGGACCUUUCCAACGUUGACCCUUUUGAUGACCUUCUGCACCAAGCCUUCCUAAAUCAAGUGCCGUUCCUCACUUCAGCCGUGUGGAAGCAUGUGGUGGAUUGCCACAGCGAUCUCUGGUCUUUCUGA